CUUUUCCAAGACAAGAGUGUAGGCUGACCAGUAACUAAUUUCAGGACAAAUUUUAGAUGUAUUUUUCUCCUUCCCCCUCCCUGCUGCAGCUCAGUGGUUCGCUCCGGUCGACUUGCUGCCGCCGUUUAUCUCCGCUCCAGCAGCAGACACGCAGUCGGAGCUUCAGCCCGGUUACCGAGCGCGCACAGAUCCUCACGCCUGCAGAUUCCCAUCUCUUCAUCCUCUUUGAGCGUUUUUCCCCCUACGGUGAUUUCCAUCUCCCUGCCUCCUUCCUUCCUGAUUCAACCAUUAGUCUGUUGCCUCCUUCAGCUACCUCUCAAGCAUGUCACUGAAGGUCCAGACCAGCAAUGUGACAAACAAGACAGACCCAAAGUCCAUCAACUCCCGGGUGUUUAUUGGCAAUCUGAACACGGCAGUUGUGAAGAAGUCUGAUGUUGAGAGCAUCUUCUCCAAGUAUGGCCGGGUACUUGGCUGCUCUGUGCACAAAGGCUAUGCCUUUGUUCAGUACGCCAGUGAAAGGCACGCCAGGGGGGCUGUGAUUGGUGAGAACGGCAGAGUGUUGGCUGGACAAACACUGGAUAUCAACAUGGCAGGAGAACCGAGACCAAACAGACCCAAAGGCCUGAAGAGAUCAGCAGCUUCUCUCUACAGUGGAUAUGAGUUCGACUAUGAUUACUACAGGGAAGACUUCUAUGACAGGUUGUAUGAGUACCGUGGCAGAGUGUCUCCCGUCCCUCGUGUGGUGCCAGUCAAACGCCCUCGGGUGGCGGUACCUCUGGUACGACGGGUCAAAUCUCUGCCAGUCAAACUGCUAGCAUGUAACGCCUCUGUUCUCCCCAACACUAACGGCAACAAACAGAGAUCAGUACGAGGCACAGAGCUCCAGGCAAUCAAGUCAGAGUUGACUCAAAUUAAAACCAACAUCGAGGCUUUGCUGGGCAGACUGGAGCAGAUCACAGAGGACCCACACAUUACCCCCACAGACUUGAUUAAAGCGGAGGAGUGUCAGAGUGAGGAGGCGUGGCAAAAUGGGGAGGAGUCGAGUUCAGACCUAGAAGAUGAGGAGGAGCAGAGACACAACAGUGAAGUCGAAGAGGAGGAGGAGGAAGAUGAAGAAGAGGAAGAGGGAGAACACAGGCAGGAUGACACCCACAACCACAUGGAGAACAGUCGCCUAUCGUCAGAGAUGGAUCCCAUUCAUCCGUGAGAGGAGCUGUUAAGGAAGAGACAGCCCGAGGAAGGAUGAUGGAGUGCUAUGUACAGACAGCAGUGGAUAUCAGCACAGAAUGGCCAUCAAACAGCAGGAAACCAUUGAUUUGCGUAUGCUCACACACUUCUACAGACAAAACCUAACAAAACACACACAAGAGAGACAGACUUGACACUGUGUCCAAGCCACAGGAAGAUACUAAAACAGCAGGGUAUUGCCAUAAGACGUCAUUAACAGAUGAAUUAUAUGAACACACACACACACACACACACACCACACACAAAGAGAGAGAGAGAGAUUAAAAACAAAUAAACAAAAAAACAUACAGCCAAGAAGACGGACUCAACUCUUUGUAAAAGUCACAGGCAGACAAUAAAAACAGCAGGCUUUUGUCAAAACACAUCUUAAACUGGUUUCACAUACACACAUGCACACAGUAACAUGGAAGACCUCUGCAGAUGACAGCAGCCAUGUUUGGAAAAGCCGGAGCUCGCCAGCUGUUUUCUUCCUCACAGGACUUAUGACAAGUGAAUGGUCAGCAGAUGUUGGUGCAGCACACUCUUGAUUGAAAACCUUUUUGGUUCAAAAAUUGUACAAACUUCAAAAUAAAAUUUUAAUAUUCACUUCUAUAUGAAUACCAAAUAAUCACUAACAACACACUGUAGGGCUGAAGUACAACCACUCCUUAUUUGUUGUUUAUGCAUCACAUUCUCCUAAUUAGAAGGAGAUCAGAUGGCAGUAAAUUAAGAAGAAACAGACAUGAAGACAAGAAUUCAGUUGGUGCACAGCAGCUCAGGUACACACUGUGAAAAACUGCUGUCAUUUUUCUACAUAUGAUUAAUGGGGGUACUAAUUUCCAAAAAAAUAUUGGGACACAAAAUGCAGCAAGUUUACAGGCUUUCAUUGUAAUUAUACAUACAGUAGUAUGUCAUAGUUUUCUUUUUUAUUUUCUUUCAAUAUAAUCAAAACCGUUUUUAUUAUAUGAAGCACUUUGUGCUACUUUUGUAUGAAAAGUGCUAUAUAAAUAUUUGGAAUUCAUUUGAUUUGAUUUGAUUUGAUUUGAUUUGAUAGCUGUUCAUUUUAAAAUUGAUAAUUCUGUAACAGAAUUAAACAGCUCAAGGACGUUCUCCCAGCUGAUCAAGUAUCAAAAAGCAU